GAAGAAGAAAGUGUGACGUCACGCAUGUGUGGGGAAAGCGCACUGCUUUGUGGGCUGUCUUUGGCAUCUGCUGGGUUUGUUUACAGCGACGCUGCCCAUGUGUUCUCCUUUUUCCGUUUUGACAGCGCAGAAAGAGAAAAAAAACAGAAGAUGGUGCAGACGUGCUGCAUCAUCAAGUGUCGCACUCGUUCACACGAUAAGCUCGGGCAAAGAAAAGACGAUGUGAAGUUUUUCUCUUUCCCAACGUGGAAACAGGGCCAGGGACCUCAGGUUUCUGACCUGACAAAGAGACGCCGAAUGGCCUGGGUAGAAGCCGUGAGGCGGCCGAACGUCACCUUCAGCUCCAUCCCCCGAUACAUGCUGGUGUGUUCACGGCAUUUCCACACCGGGAGACCGGCUUAUGAAAUGAAUGAAACUCAUCCAGACUGGGCCCCCUCGCUGAAUCUGGGCCACCCGGCGGAGGGGAGAGCCGGAGACACCGAGAAAUUUCAGCGGAGGAUAAAGAAACGGGGCGGCGCGAAGGCGGCUGGCGAGGCAGCCGCUCCGCCUGCGUCUCCCCCGCCGACACCAGAUGCGGUCGAGGAUGCAGCACCGGCAGUCGCUCCGCGGGGCUCAGAGCAACUCGGAGCUGCGCAGGCGGCGGAUCGAGUCCCACCGCUGGAUGACGCGCGAUGCGUCGCCUGGAAAAACGCGCACGGCGAAGGGGAGUCGACAGGGGCCGAGGUCAGCCGCUUGCUCGAGGAGAACGUGUCUUUAAAGAAAGAGCUCUCCGCGACGAGAAUGGACGAGGGGUUCUUCGCCGAGGCGGACGAGAAGGCCAGAGACGAAAAGGUGAAGUACUACACUGGGCUGCCGUACUGGACCUUGCUACAGUCUUUGCACACGGUCGUUGGUCCGUCUCUCGUGGAGGUGGGCGGAAAGCUGUCUCCCUUCCAGAUGCUCCUCCUGACUCUGAUGAGGCUGAAACUGUAUCUGCCCCAGCAGCACCUUGCAUACCUUUUCCACGUAAGCGACGCCCAAGUCUCUGACGUGUUUCAGGAGACGAUGGCCGCUCUGCAUUUCCACCUGGCGCCUUUGGUACACUGGCCGGCUAGACGUUCUCUACAACAAGCGAUGCCGGAUACGUUUGUGGAGAUAUUCGGCGGCGCGGUCGCCGUUAUUCUCGACUUCUUCGAGAUCGGCACCGAGAAGCCGUCCGAUUCGACGGCACAGCCGGAGACCUGCUCCCACUACGCGCAGAAACACACCGUUAAGUAUCUGAUAGGCAUCACACCGCAGGGGUCCAUCAUUUUCAUUUCCAAAGGGUGGGAAGGGGGGGAAGGGCGGGUGAGCGACAAGGACCUGAUCAAGCAGUGUGGCAUCCUCACCAAACUGUCGCCUGGAGACCUGGUGAUGGCGGAGCGGGGGUACGGGGACGGGAGCAGCCUGAUGUGCGCAGAGGUGAAAACCCCAGACUCCAUAAGAGGAUGCGCUCAGAUGGACCCCAAACCUGCGGAGGACAUGCGGCAGAUAGCUCACCUGAGGGCGAAUGUGCAAAGAGUUACAGGCUUGGUGCACGACAAGUACAGCAUACUUCAGCGCACGAUACCCGAGAGCCUACUGGAGCCACUGGAGGGCGAGGUUUUCCCCUUCAUAGAUAAGAUUGUGACCGUGUGCUGCGCUUUAACCAACAUGUCUCCGAGCGUUUUCCUGCAACGACAAGACAAUCUGACUCUAUAUAGUGAUGGAGAAACGGAGUGAUUCUUUUCACUCGUUGCUGCUAAAAGGCUGCAAACCGCUCACGUGGAAUGGAGGAGUGUAUAUUUAUGCACAUGCUUUUUAUUUCUAUCGUCUUACCAAUUCCUUUUUCGUUUUUCUACAAAUAAAAUGGAUGGAUUUUUUAAAAUCUUGCUCCACUUAUUUCUAUUCUUUUUUUUUUUUUUUUCUUAGCAUUGUAUUGCUACGUCAGGGAAAGGAAAAUCUCUAAUGUGGCACCAGACACGACACCAGUAUCUAUAUCUGAAACAAUACUCCAACUACUGUAAUUAUCCUGUGCCACUGACCCAUGCAAAAAUGUCUGACCGAGUUAUUUAUUUCAACUAUUGUGCGGUGCAAUGAAUGACACCGUGAAAGUUACAGUAACUGUGCAGAUGUGGUGCCAAAAACACAAUGUUGUGUGCAAAAUAAAUAUCACUGCAGAUCCUGAGGUCAACAUGUGGUACGCUGCUUCCAUUAAAAACACGGACAAUCAAAAUGAGGGAUUUGGAAGGGUGCCACCCACCACUCUUCUUAACACAAUUCCUACACAUUCUGGAAAAGUGUGUGCAGUGUAAAUAUUUGAUUCUAGCUUUGGCUUAUGACCUAUAGUUGUGUUGGACAGCAGCUGGCAGCCCCGAUCAAAAGUUUUUUUUGACCAAGAAAGCCAAUGCUGCUGAGCAAGACAGCUAAAACACCAAUGUUUUCUUUCCUCAAGCGACAGGUGACCUGUUCUCUGUUCUUACAAGAAUAUAUCAAAGGCAGACCUGGAUGAAAAUUAUGAUUUAGGAAUGAAAUUACAUUUUUUCUUUAGCCACAACUGUGUGUAAUUACUAUUUGUUUUGAUUAACAUCAAUAUCGGUCGAUGUCAACAUUUCAGCUGGGCUUUAUUUUGUGGGGCAAAAAUGUAGGGAUGUGUCUGUCUAAGCAGUGAAUGUGAACAUUUAUUGUUUUUCAUAUUAUUUAUGUUUGUUUUGAUAUCCUUUUUUCAAGAGUAGACACUACUUUUUAGAAACAAGGUAACUUAUAGAAUUGAAAGUGGAGUUGGAUGAUGUUGUUUUAUAAUUGUUGUGAGGAGAAACGUUAAAUAUAUUUAAGUACAUAUUUGGCACCAGGGAGGGUGAGAUCUGCGUAUGUUAUUUGCAGUUCAUAAACAAUGUAGGAAAAAUAAAACCAAAUGUAAAACACAA